AUGUCACGAUACCUUACGCCAUCGAAGAUAUGCAUACUCCUUUUGGUGCAAUUGUAUCGUGAUGGAAAUGUUCCUUCGAGAAGUACGAUACCACUUCUGUCGUUCAUCUCCAAGCACACCAUACACAGAUCACCACUCAAUGCCACCGACCAAAAGCCGUUAACUCCACCAUCACUCGAGGAUUUCGAGAUAUUACUAGGAUCGCAUGAAUCAGCAGUGCCAGGUCGGUCUUUGUUCCAUCUAUUCAUCGACCAACUAUGGGCUAUCCACGACUUCGUUACGUUCACUGCAUUCCUCCAGGACCAGACUUUGGUGACGACUUCGCUUCAAGACCAAGGCGAGGGCAGCAAAGCCAAGUUUGUGUGCAGUCCAACAAGUCCGAUUGGCCAAUUUGCGAGAAGAUGCCAUCUGGAGUCUGUGAGAUUGCAAUUCAGUGAUGCCUACCAGCUCUGGGAAGAUCUGGUUGUUUUCCGCGAACCGACCAAAGGCAAUUAUGUUGAGCGCAACCCUAAAUCUCCCUUUGCUAGCUAUUACCCUGAUGCAGCAUCGGCCAACUUGUUACAGCCAGAUCAGCCUGGUGCAUCAGCCAUUCUCCUCGAUCGCAUGAACAAACAGGAAAGUCGGCCCACCGUACCAUCAAGUCUGGACGAUGUGGAGAAAGUGAUGCACUUCCAGCUAGGACAGCUGCAGAAGUUUGGUAGCAGAGUGUCGGACGAGAUGAAAGCUCAAUUGAGAGCUAUGGUAGAACAAGGGGCGUCGAAGCCUUCAGACAUGCACUUCAUCAAUUUCUUCGACGCUUGGAGAAGUGGUGCAUACAACAAGGCUAUCGAGCUUCUUCAUCGUUAUUUCGAAUACACCAUGGAGAGCCAAGGCUCGGACACCAUCAAGACAUACCAUCAGUAUGCUUUACUUCAUCUUGCCGUCCUUCACGCAGAUUUCGGUUGCUAUGGUGAAGCCAUAUCUGCCAUGAACGAGUGUAUUGCGACUGCUCGUGAAAAUCAGGAUGCCCGUUGCCUACAUUUCAGUCUUUCUUGGCUCGCCCAUCUCCGAAAAGCAUAUCCUGAAUUUUCUCGCCUCGAAAAUGGCGGCGAAGGUAGUGAAUUAGCAGGCAAUGAGAGCGACAUCAUCACAUUCUUGCAACAAAAAGCAGUCGAGAACAAGGAUUGGGCGACACUCAGUAGCUCUCUGCUUAGCCAGGCAGAAGUCAACGUCGAAAGCGGCGGCAGUGUAGCCAGAGCUCUGGAACAGAUCUACCAAUCUAGCUACCUCAACAGCUUGCACAAUGUGUCUAGCAUGGUACCUAGCCAGCUUCGACUUCACUCGGCCAUAUUCAACAGACUCGGUCAAAUGCCUCUAGCAGAACACUACUGCAAGGUCAUGUACGAUAUCUUUCGCCAGGACGCUUCAAAACCCGACGUGCUCAAUGUAGUACUGCAGAAUGCGCACACGCAUAGUAUCCUGGGUGGAUACGAAGAAGCAUACGAAGUUCUCAGACAGAACGACCCUUCAAAGGAGAAGACAUUACGUCUCGACAAUACUUUCACUGCAUUCGCAGCGAUGAUUAGUCUCAGACGUGCUAUUCACCACAAUGACUUCUUCGUCGCCGAAGAAUACCUUCGCCAGCUGAAGCCCAUAAGACAAACGGCAGAUGCAGGCGUAAUUUUCGAAACAUACGUACUCGAGAUCGAACUCUUGAUGCGGCAGGGAAAACUUUCCAGUGCAUUCGAUUGCAUUGAGAAGCAGGUAGCCGAAGCAAAGGCUGCAGAAAGUGCAGAUAUCGUACGACGCAUUAAGCUACUAACUCUCAAGGCUAGGCUCUUUGCAAAGGCAGGACUGCCAACCAAGGGCUUCAGCAUUGCGAUGCGAGCAGCUUCGUCGGCGCAGAGAGCUAUGAUCAUGCCGGCGAUGUGGGAAGCGAUUGGCGCUCUUUGUGUUGUCCUCAUUGACCUUGGCGAGUUUGAUGCGGCCAAAAGUCUGGUUGAUGCCAUCAUGCCGCAGGUACUUGAAGGCGGCAACACAACUACAAUUGCGCAGCUCUAUUCCAUACUCACUGACUCCUAUGUUGGUCUUGCCGGCAAGGCGAUCGAGACGAACCCGAAUGAAAGCUCAAGUCACAUUGAUGCGGCAUUCAUGUACCUCGAUAGAGCGCAUGAAGCAUACGUCAAAGUGGAGGAUCUGGAUGGCAUUCUAGAGAGCUUGACGAAAAAGGCGAUGCUGUACAAGCACAAAGAUGAUGAGGACAUGAUCGAGGAGAUGGAUCGUUUAUACAACAGCACAGUCCAAGAAGCCGAAAGAAGGCAAUUGGCGAUGCAAGGGCAAGGAGCCUAG